AUGCCAAUCCAAGCUUUCAUUUUCUGUGGGAGAGGCCACAAUUUGGCUCCAUUCACUCGUCAAUCUUCCGCUACUACCACCACCACCACCACUACUACUACUACUACUACUACUACAACUACUUUAAGCAAUGAGAGCAAAGAGACCUCUGUAGUUGACGCUGCAUCCAUUGCUAUUGCUAAGGGUCCCUUCUUACCAAAGGCACUAUUACCAAUUGCUAACAGACCUAUGAUAGAAUACGUUUUGGAUUGGUGUGAUCAAGCAAACUUUGCAGAGAUUAAUAUCGUCGCUAGUGUAGAAGAAUUACCCAUCAUUAAGAAAGGUUUAAUCCCCUUCAUGACAUUAAGAAAUCAACAAUUCGAAUUGAUUUCUAAAUCUUUAUCCCUUUCGAACCAUACUCAUCAUUUACAACAAUUGAAAUCAAUCAAUUUCAUCCCGUCCAAGACAUCAUCCACAGGUGAAUCAUUACAAAAGGAAUUAUUAGACAAAAUAUACACCGAUUUCGUCCUUUUACCUUGUGAUUUCUUAACAGAUAUACCUCCACAAAUUUUUAUCGAUCAAUAUCUAAACAGAGAUGAUGAUAACUUAGCAAUGUCUGUAUAUUACAAAAAUUCAUUGGACGCAACAAUAAAUGAUAAGAAACAAUUAAAUAAAUUCCAAAAAAAAUUCUUUACCAUUUAUAGUGAAAAUGAAAACUCUGAAAAGCAACCAAUCUUAUUAGAUAUUUAUUCUAAAGAUGAUGUAACAAGAAGUAAAUAUUUACAAGUAAGAUCUCAUCUCUUAUGGAAAUAUCCAAACACAACUGUAUCCACUAACUUAAAUAAUUCAUCCAUUUAUUUCUGUUCGUACGAACUUGUUAAAUUAUUGACUCCCACAACAACCUCGAAUAAUAAUAACGACAGAGCUGAUUCAGUACCAUCAACCGCAACAACAACAUCAUCAUCAACAAAUGUCAACGAAGGAGAAACAACAGAUUCCACUUCAAUAAAACCAUCAUAUUUCAAAAAGUCAAAUGAAUUAAUUAAAGACCCAAUAAAUUGUAACAAACCUCUUUCCAAAUUAUUCAGAGAUUUAUCAAGAAGAUCAUGGCAACAUUCUCACCCCAGAGAAACAAUCUCAAUCUUCAUCUUACCACCCACAACAUCAUUCUUCAUAAGAUCAAACAAUUUAAUUAACAUGAUGGAAUCCACACGUUUCAUCCUAAAGAUCAAAUCUCAUUCCACCACUACGGCACCGGCAUCAUCAUCUUCAUCAAUCGGGUUGGAUUCAAUCGUGGAUCCAAGUUGUAAAAUUAAAGAUAAGAGCAGUAGUGUAAAAUUAUCAACAAUGUCAUACGAGGGGAUCAUUGGUGCUAAAUGUCGUAUCGCCGGGUCCAUCUUAUUCCAUGGUGUACAAUUGGAUGAUGAUGUCAUUCUGGAAAAUUGUAUUAUUGGACCUAAUGUAAAGAUUGGUAAGAAGGCUAAAUUAUCAAAUUGUUAUGUGGAAGGAAAUUAUAUUGUCGAACCAAAGGGGAAUUUUAAAGGAGAAACUUUAUCUAAGGUUGCCCUUGAGGAAGAAGAUAUCGCUAUUGAUAGUGACAAUGAGAAUGCCCUGGAAAUGAGUAGUGAUGAAAAUGGAAGUAGUGAUGGUACCAGCGACGACGACGAGGAUGAUAAUGAUGAGUCGGAAGAAUAUUCUGAAGACGAAGAAUUCGAAGAUGAUGGUUUGUUUGACCGUUCAUAG